CAUGCGUUCUCAAACAUUCUUCUUUUGGAUGCUCUUAUUACAUUCUGCUCUUCUUUACAAAUCAGGUGCACAGCAAGUACGUCUUGCAAAUGGAUGGAAUAGAUGUGCUGGGAGAGUAGAGGUUUUUCAUGAAGGAGUUUGGGGUACAAUUUGUGAUGACCACUUUGAUAUGAAUGAGGCACGCGUACUAUGCAAACAACUUGAUUGUGGAGAGCCAACUACUGUGGUAGGAUGGGCUUAUUUUGAACCAGGCUCAGGAGUCAUCAUGUUGGAUGAAGUAAAAUGUGAAGGGAACGAAUCCCACAUCUUGAACUGUUCUCAUUCUGACUUUUACAAAAAUGACUGCGGACACAAUGAAGAUGUUGGUGUCAUCUGCUCAGAAGCUGGACGUCAACCAACAGAUUUGUUACCCUCACGUUUGGUUGGUGGAACGCAUCGCUGUGAAGGUCGCAUAGAGAUUUUCUAUAAUGGAACUUGGAAUACAGUCUGUGAUGACAACUGGAAGGUGGAGAACACAGAGGUGGUGUGCAGACAGUCUGGCUGUGGUGCAGCCAUCUCCUCUCCAGGGGAAACUUAUUUUGGAGAAGGCAGCGGAGGGAUUCUUCUGGAUGGUGUGGACUGUUAUGGGAAUGAGACCCAUCUAGACGAAUGUUAUCACGAAGGAUUUUUCAAUCAUAACUGUCAGCACAAAGAAGAUGCAGGUGUCAUCUGUGCAGAAGAAGCUAAUGUGACUUCAUCUCCCACCCUUCAAGCAGAUAUUGGGGCUACCACUGUGUCUGCCACCAAACCACCUACCAGUGCUUCCACAGAAGAAGCUAAUGUGACUUCAUCUCCCACCCUUCAAGCAGAUAUUGGGGCUACCACUGUGUCUACCACCAAACCACCUACCAGUGCUCCCACAGAUUUGUUACCCUCACGUUUGGUUGGUGGAACGCAUCGCUGUGAAGGUCGCGUUGAGGUUUUCUAUAAUGGAACUUGGAAUACCGUCUGUGAUGAUAACUGGAAGGUGGAGAACGCAGAGGUGGUGUGCAGACAGUCUGGCUGUGGUGCAGCCAUCUCCGCUCCAGGGGAAGCUUAUUUUGAAGAAGGCAGCGGAGGGAUUCUUCUGGAUGGUGUGGACUGUUAUGGGAAUGAGACCCGUCUAGACCAAUGUUAUCAUGAAGGAUUUUUCAAUCAUAACUGUCAGCACAAAGAAGAUGCAGGUGUCAUCUGUGCAGAUUUGUUACCCUCACGUUUGGUUGGUGGAACGCAUCGCUGUGAAGGUCGCGUUGAGGUUUUCUAUAAUGGAACUUGGAAUACCGUCUGUGAUGACAACUGGAAGGUGGAGAACGCAGAGGUGGUGUGCAGACAGUCUGGCUGUGGUGCAGCCAUCUCCGCUCCAGGGGAAGCUUAUUUUGAAGAAGGCAGCGGAGGGAUUCUUCUGGAUGGUGUGGAUUGUUAUGGGAAUGAGACCCAUCUAGACCAAUGUUAUCAUAAAGGAUUUUUCAAUCAUAACUGUCAGCACAAAGAAGAUGCAGGUGUCAUCUGUGCAGAAAAAGUUAAUGCGACUUCAUUCCCCACCACUCCAGUAGAUAUUGAACCCACCAUGAUAUCUACCACGAAACCACCUUCCCAUGCUCCUCCAGCAUUAACAACUUUACUCAAAACGGAAAUGACCAUUACUUCUGCCACCUUACUUGCCACAACAAUGCAAACCAUAACAGCUCCUGCAGUUAAUACUGAAGCAUCUUCCAAUCCUGUUACAUUGACCUGUUGGCCAGAAAGAAUGGUGGCAGUUAUUAGCAAAGCAUAUAUUCGUUCAAAAGGUUGUUCUCCAACAAAUUUGUACUUGAAUAACCAGCGUUUUAGAUAUCAGCUUACAGAAGACAAUGCUAUAAUCUCAAUUUCAUAUAACACCUAUGGGACAAGAGAAGAGAGAACUGGGAAUGUAAUUAACUACUGGAACACUGUCAGCUGCUCUGGAAUGAAUGAAGGAAGGAUGAGAAUUACUGAGAUUCGUCUUAUCUGCAAAAUAAAC